UCGAUGCUGUUCACGUGGUUUGAGCGGGAGCUGCCGCUGAGAAGCACCGGGCUCGACAGAGAGUAGGUCCAGUAGACAAGGGGAGAGUGACGCUGUCGUUGGGCAUUUUAAGGAAGUAGUUGUUGAAUCAUAAGAUACAGUUGGCAGGUUGCAUUUCUGUUACUAUUGUCGUUUUCUGUACGUUCAGCUCAAGGAUUUUGUCCACGGAUGUGGGUGCGUGAGUGUGGGGGUGGGGGUGUAAUUAAUGAUUGAUACCCUGUAUCAACCAAUGAAGUAAUUGAAUGAAAUGGCAGAAAUCAAUUCUGUUAAGACAAAUGAGAUUAUGUCCUUGCAUAAAGGGUCAAAGGUUAUGGGGGAAAAUCGUGUUGGUUUGGGGCUGAUAAGUGGUGGGGGAGAGAGAAAAUAUGUUGAGCUGAGAUUUCGCAACUUCCCAAUGCCAACAUUCAACAGGCACACGAGGAUGAUUUUCAAUACAAAUUAACUCAUCGAUCACAGAUUAUCAUGGAAUACUUUUAUUUCUUUUUAUUAAAUUAUAAUGGUAAAUUAUUUCACGUGACAGUCAAUAAGAGCAAUGCCUCAUUCAUACUGUCAGCUGUCUUUUCUUUAUUUGACCCCCACAAUAAUGAAUACAAUAAAUAAAACAUAUUUAAACAGUUCUGCACCUUGUACAGGUCUCCAGUGAUGCCCGGAACUGUCAUUGCCGUGUCCAGGGAGAGGUUCUCCGCGCUGGGAUUAUUUGACCCCUAUUUGGAGAUCUGGGGCGGCGAAAAUAUCGAAUUCUCGUUUAAGGUUUGAUUUUCAGUAAACUCUAUCGCUACAUGGGAUAAGUUUGUUGGUCUGUGAAUUGUUGCUGUCGAACGCUUCUUUGCAUUGUCCUUCUCCGGGUUUUUCUCUACCCCUUGUAGAUUUAUUUAAGGUUUUGGGGUCUGUUUUGCUUGUAUUUUACAGCAUUUAAUCAAGUUCUAUCAAAGCCACGAUAGUGACAAUGAAUUACUGGAAAUGUAUUCAUUUCCAUUAUGUUUAGUACCAACCGAAGAAUUAAACAGCCAUUUACGUUAUGUAUUAGUUAAGUUUGUUCCAUUUGUUGCGUUUACACUACAUAAAGUCGCUUUAGUUCAAUCUUAAUUAAAUAUCAACAUAUUUCCAUACUUGAUGGUCUUUAAAAAUUCAAUCAACACUUUGCAAAUUUUUCAAUUAACAAAAUAAUUGGUAAAGCAGCUUUUAAAAGAAAAGGGAAACACAUGUGUUACAAUGGUUGUUUUGUUGGGUUGUUUUUUUUGUGUGUUUUUCUUUUGCAGACGUGGAUGUGCGGGGGGUCAGUCCUGCAAGUCACGUGUUCUCACGUGGCACACAUCUACCGGAAGCCUUUGCACGCAGACGUGGCCCGGAUGUUCAGGAAUUUAUUUCGGGUGGCCGAGGUCUGGAUGGACA